CCCUCCUAUUUGCGCCCGUUGGUCUUCUUCCAUUUGCGUCGCUGCCAUUCGUUUUUCAUCUUCGUCCGAUGACUCAUCAAAGUUGACUCUUUGAUGUUCGACCACCGUUCGACUUCUGCCCAGGUUCAACUUCAUCCCUGAUUUCUCUUCCGCCCACGAUCUGAUUUCCGCAUGCCCAGAUGGAACCGAACAAAAAACUUGAAAUGGAAGAACCUGAGAAGAAAAAGAAGGAAGAAAAGGCCGCCUAAGCCUGAUGAGAAGCUUAAUUGGAUUGGGUUUGGACCUGGUCCGACCUCGGAUGAUUCGAUUGAGUUUGCUGAUGUGGAUUCUUCUAUGUUGGAUGAGCUUUUGGUGACGCUGAAGAACUUCUCUUUUGUAAUGGGACUGAAAAUGUCUUAAAGUUGAAGGCUGAACCAUAGGCAUCUGAGAUUCAUGGCCAAAACAAGAUAAAUGUAAGCAAGAAAAUUUAAUAGGUUUAGUCCUAUAAUUUAACAACUUAUCGUCCUAUAAAAACCCAUGUUUAACUUUCAUUAUUCUUUACAGAUAUCGCUUCAAUACUUUUUCAUGCCUAUUUUUGUGAUUACUUAUGCUUUACAGGUUGAUACCAAGGUUUUUAUUUUUUUUUUCUAGUUAAUGUCUUCAUGAUAAGAGUUGAUUUGUUUGGCUGUUGGAGAAAAUAAAUAAACCUUCUUAGAAGCUAUUAUCAUAGGAUGGUUGAUGAUUUGUAACAAUUCUUACAAAUAUUAUCAAUAACCUUGCAAGAAGUGGAAGAAGUCACAGGGCUAGCACCAGAGAAACUCUUACUCAAAUGGAUGAAUUUUCAUUUGGAAAAAAGUGGCUAUGAGAAACAAGUUUUACAAACUUCAUUUGGACACUACUUGGAAGGAAGAUUCGUCCAAAAUAAAGAUACCACCUAUUUGUAAAUUGUCUUGAUAGAUUUUUGAGAGUUUUCUAGGGUCAUAUAACAUUACAUAAAUCAAACAUAUACACAUUUCUUUAAUUUAAAAAUCAACUUGCACACAAACCAUGGAAAUGGUGUUUGUAAUAGUAUUAGCUAUAUCUAAUGUCACUACAACUUUUAUGCAGUUUCUUGUGUAGCUUUUAAUUAAACAUAAAAUUAUCUAACGUGAAUGUUUU